GUGGCCUGGGAUCCAAGCCUUUUUGGGUGGGUGUGCCUCGAUGUUCUGAUUGCGGGCUGGGAUCUUGUUGCUUCAAAACUUGUCUCACUACUUGUACUCAAAUACAGUACCGCUUUUCCUCGCCUUUUCUACCUCAACCAAACCUCCCUCCCUACUCACUCCUCCUGCCCUCCUUCAGGGCAGAGAGAUCUUUCUUAUUCCAUCUUCCCACAUCAACCUCUCCAGAAACUCUAAUAUUUCCCCCUUAUUUUCCAUUCUUCCUGUUAUUCUUGUUAUCUUUGAGGGUCCUUCUAGCUCCUUGUUUUUUCCUUUAUUCGCCCCUUUAUCACCAUCUCCGACUUAUUUAUUCGCUGCUUAAAAUAACUGUCUUUCGUCAUAUCCUUUUUCUACAUUUUUUCCCCCAGUUCAUUCAUUAAUAUUUUAUCUUUUUUUUUUUUUUGUUAGAAGACUUGACUCUGGCAUGGGGGAGAUGCUCUCUUCGACGAACCAUAAAUCAAUCUUGAGUUUGCUAGCAGAAUACGAUGACUUUCUAACAGAUUCCCUCGUCGACCGUGUUCAUUAUUGGACUACCAUCCGAAAAAUCAAAGGCGUUUAUCAUUCGAGUCGCCGUCUCAAUACUAAGGCAAUCUUGAAGAUCAUUAUUGAAGAUGUGGUCGAAAACAAGAAUGUCAAAGUUGCAUUGGAGAAAUUUCUACGCCUACCUGGAGUCGUGCAAUAUUUAAGGAGUGGGGCCCAUGUUGAGGCUGAAUUUUCGAAGCAUACAUGCUCGCCGUUACCUAUCAAUCUAUCAGCCGGACGCUGCCUUCGAACUCGGAAACAUCUUCAUCGUGGCGAGAUGGUCAAAUAUCUGACUGGGGUGUUGGUCAAGAUGUCUGAUAACGAAGAGCAAUCCCUUUCCCGAGUGCAAUCAGACUUCAGCAUCAUUUAUUCUUCACGCGUUGGCGCCAUGAGCCUGCUACUGGGGCCUGCUAGGUUUAUUAAUCACGAUUGCCAACCAAAUUGCAAGUUCACCACCGCGGGAAAGGAGCAUGUGAAUUUGUAUGUAGAAAGGGAUAUCAAAGCGGGUGAAGAGAUCACAGUCAAGUAUGCAGAUGACUAUUUUGGGGAGGGUAAUCGGGAAUGCUUAUGCAGGACCUGUGAAGGAUUGGGGCGCAGUGGAUGGGCUUCGGGGGCUGUCGAGGAUCUACAACCCAUGGAGGAGGAUGGCUCCGCAAUCCAAGCAGUGGCAGGAGGGUUUGUGUUGGCCAGGAGGUCUAAGCGAAAGAGAAACUCUACUCACUCGCUAACCAUACAAGAGACCAAGAAGCAAAAGACUUCUGGAAACGGGUCCUCUGUUCUAAGCCCUCCGAAUAGUGUUCGGGGACUUUCUGAGGGGCUCCGUAGCACCCCUCCUGUUCCUGACAUGAGCGUGCAUUCUAGGUAUUCUACACCAGUGCUUGGAGCAAUUGGACCGGAAACACCUCCGGAGACCGACGGGGCUGUGACUCCUAUGAACUUUGCAGAUGUUUCGAGAGCAUCAGCUCUCUUAAGCGCAUCACAAGCACGUGUAGGGGAAUUAAAUGAACCUCUGCAGUAUGCAUCGGGUUCGUUACCAUUGGGUAGACUAGCUGAAGGAGGCUUUCCCGGGCGGGUGCAAUCAGAAGCAAUUUCAAAUCCUCCUCAGAGCGAGCUGCAAGCGCGGCCCCUGCCCCAGAUAACCAUCAAUCAAGCUUGCGAUGAUUGUGUUUCUAGAACGGGUCUCGAGCAACCACCGACUGGUACUGGCUGUUUCUUGGAUGACAGGUUGACGAAGUCUGAAAGUAGUGCGCUACGUGCCUGGGAUGGCGAGCUGUCUGAUUUCACAGAAGUCGAUGACUCAGAUUUUGAUGACGAAACACAGACGAUCGAUAUUAAGCGACUGAUUAGGAAACAACUAUCCAAGGCUAAAAAGGGAUCCCGAAUUAUAGGGAGUAAACCUCAUUUUUAUCCUUCUGAACCGCCCGCAAGGCGCGUUCCUGGAGAUUACCUCGCCCAGAACAAGAGCGGUAUAUCUUGCGUCUGUUCCGAUUGCCGGGAAUCCUUUUUACAUGCUGAAAAGUCCAAUAUCCCGACAGCGUGCAAACGCUGCGAACGCCAUGCUAAGAUCUAUAAAUUUGGUUGGCCAAAAACAAUGGGAAAGAGAAGUGAGACUGAAGAUCGGUGCAACGAUCACCGUGGUACUCAGCGUCCGCUGAUGCUAAAUGGACAUGGGAGACGCCGUUAGGCGGUUGCAGGCUUCACAAAUACUGGGUUGCAGUCGGCCAGGAAGCAGCAGGUACUGCUGUGGCUCCGAGGGUUGGGGCGGGGAGGGGAUUGGCAAGCGGAAGAAAAACAAUGGCGGUGAUUAGUACUAAGUGGGAAUUCGACAUCCUCUUCCAUUAGGUAACGGGGCUGUUCGGAUAGCUUCGGGAGGUGUGUAUCGUAUCGGUUGCGAAAUGGUAUUUAUAGCGCACCAGGGGUUUCUACUUAGCCUAGUUGUGAUCUUUACAUACGAGGGAGUUUUGGUACUAAAGGUGGAUGCAGUUACGACGGGAGGGCACAUCGAGGUUUAAUUUAUCGAUCACCUUCACGGCUCUUUUCCACGGUUGUUAAACGGCAUUGGAAAAUUCACUCUAAUAAUGCAUAGUUUUUGCUUGUUUCUUGUUAUCCGUGUGUUAGUAAUUGCGUACUUCCUUUGUCCCCUUUUUUAAUUAUAUGUGAUCUGAUUUUGGGCAUUUUUUCUCUUUUUCUGCCCAGGUUUAUCUGGGGAGUUUGGAUGGCUGGAGGAGUACGGGGCUUUGUUCGGUGUAUAGUAUAAUAUUACUAGAUAGCUUGGUUAUUAAAAA